AUGCCGGGCAUGCAACGCGACAUCCAGGAAUCAACGGCCAGAGCCAACGCCGACCGAGCAGACUCCCCCAACGGCGUCUAUCCCACCGAGACCCUCGAUGCUGUGAUAGUAGGGGCUGGCUUCGCCGGCGUAUACAUCCUUCACAAGCUCCGCAAAGCCGGCUUCAGCGCCAAAAUCAUCGAAGCUGGAUCAGGACUGGGAGGCAUCUGGUGGUGGAACGCUUAUCCAGGAGCUCGUGUCGACAGUCAGUACCCCAUCUACGCAUUAUCUUUGCCAGAGGUGUAUGAGGACUGGAACUGGAGCAGCCACUACCCGGACCACCACGAGCUUCGGGCCUAUUUUAGGCAUAUUGAUAAGAAGCUGUCGAUCUCAAAGGACACUGUUUUCAACAGCAAGGUCACUCACGCCAAUUUCGAUGAGAGCAACGACCUCUGGCAGCUCGACUGUGACAGUGGACGGUCGUUCAAGGCGCGGCAUUUCGUUGCGUGUCUUGGCUUCGCAGCAAGGCGACAUUUCCCGGACUGGGAGGGUCUGGAUUCGUUCCAGGGCGAGAUCCACCAUUCGUCCUUCUGGCCACAUGAGGGCGUCGAUGUGCGAGGCAAGCGAUGUGGUGUCGUUGGUACCGGAGCGACUGGUGUGCAGAUCACGCAGGAAUGGGCGAGAGAGAUUGGCGAUGAGGGCAACUUGAAGAUGUUCCAGCGGACGCCAAACCUGGCUUGUCCGAUGAAUCAGGUCUUCUUGACUGAGGAGGAGCAGGCGGAGGAUAAGAAGAGGUAUCCUGAGCUGUUCAAUCAGAGAUGGGACAACUACAAUGGCUUCCUGUACCAGUUCCAGCCGGAGCUUAUGCUGGAUGCGAGCGAGGAGGAGAGGCAGAAGAUGUUUGACAUGCUUUGGAAGAUGGGCGGCUUUCGCUUUCUCAUGCACAACUACAAAGAUAUGACCCGUGACUUCAAGGCCAACCGCAUCGCAUACGACUACUGGCACGAUCGGAUCCAUGAGCGGGUGAAGGAUGAGCGCAAGGCCGAGCUCCUGGCGCCGGCAGAACCGCCUCAUGCUUUUGGCGGCAAGCGUCUGAGUCUCGAGCAGGACUUCUACGAUCAAUUCAACCGCCCUAAUGUCGACGUGAUCGAUAUCAAGACCAACCCCAUCGUUGCUUUCGAACCGAACGGAAUCCGCCAGCAGGACGGCACAGUGCACGAACUGGACACCAUCGCCCUUGCGACAGGGUUCGACAGCAUUACAGGCGGCAUGAAAGAUAUUGAGAUUACGGGUUUGGGAGGAGAGAAGCUAAACGACAAGUGGAAGAUGGGCACAUACACCUAUCUCGGAAUGACCACGGCGAGGUUCCCAAAUUUCUACUUCACAUACGGACCCCAAGGUCCGACAGCAUUCAGCAACGGGCCCUCAUGCAACGAACUACAAGGCGAUUGGAUCGUCGCGGCGAUGGAGAAGAUGCGUGACAACAAGCAGACGCGGAUCGAUCCGAAGGAGGAAGAGGAGAUGAGGUGGAAGGAGCAGGUAAAUGAGUUGGCGAAGGUUGGCGUAAGAGGACACACCAACAGUUGGUACAACGGCAGUAAUAUACCUGGCAAGCCGAUAGAGGCUCUGAAUUACGCCGGUGGAAUUCCAGUCUACAUCAGGGAGAUUGGACGGGAGCGAGACGAGGGCUACCCAGGUUUCCGCUUACAAUGA